AUGCUUGAAGCCAUUUUCGAGGCGCCACUUCUGCGGAGCCUGCAAGGAGGCCAGACCGGCCAUUUCGCUCACCUCGAAACCUGGAAAUAUGUUGACGUGCGUCCAGUACAGCCUUCCUUCGCCGCUUUAUCUGUUUUAGUCCAUCCUAUGAAGGCAUCAGAAGUCGAAGACUGGGCAUGGAGGAGAGGUAACUUCUCUGACAUCAGCAAACAACAUGCUGCCGAAAAGAACAAGCGCGUUGAAGGCGGCAUCAGGCUGCUUUUUGUACAGCCCAUGGGGAGGUUUGCACGAGCCGUCCCAUCAGAAUUAACCUCUGCCAAGGUAUUGGAGGCACUUCGACUCCCACCAUACACGUUCACGACGUUUCAGCAGCCGUCGGGGCUAUACUCGUGCAGCAGGUAUCCCGAAGGCAGCACGCCUGACAGCUGCACGAGGCUGCACUUGACGUUCCGGACCCCUGAGAAAUGGGACUGCUCCAUCGGCGGGCUCGCUGUCAGCCACGACUUCGAGACUGGCAUAACAACUGCCCUCAGUCUCGGCUUCGCGUUCGACAUCAACAUCUUUGAUACGCCAGCCAACAGGCCUCCCGCGCUUGACGCCUUCGUCAACCAGCUUCAGGCUUCCCAGCAUCUGCUUUGCCAUCCUUUCCUGCUGCCCUGUUUGGCCCUGGCGACACACGUCCAGCGCGUGCGGUCUUACGUCAUGGGCUUCCUUAGCAGCCAAGUAGUUGAAAUCGAGGCCUGCAUCGGGGUUACGAAAGCCGGGCGGUCGCAGAAGCUCUACCUUGACCGCCGCACGGUUGGGUCGAAACUCUUUGUCGACGGCCAGAUGCACAGGGAACGAGCAAAGAGCUUAAUGACAGCGCUCAACGAUGUCUCCACAUGGAUUAUCUUCACCAAACGUUCGCCGCAGUGGGACAUUGGGUGUGUUAACUUCCUACUCACGCUACUGGAGAAGAGCAAAAAGUUGCAAAACUGCCACGGGGUGAACGGGGCCCUGUUUCAGGAGCCUCUGGAGUACCUGAAGGCUUUCAGUGAGACCUGCCUGGAAGUCACAGAGACCUCUGAAGCACGAAUGCACCUGCAGCUUAAUAUUGAUGACGGCCAGACUAGCGCUCGUCUGGCCGUUUCCGCAGGAAAGGACAGCACGAGCAUGAAGAUCAUAGCCCUGAUUACUGCUGCUUACCUGCCAGGUACAUUUGUCGCGACUCUCUUCAGCAUGGGCAUGUUCAACUGGAAGGCCAAUGACGGCAGCGGCAGCAGCAGCUCUUCAAUCUCUCCAGAUUUCUGGAUCUACUGGGCCGUGACGGUGCCCCUGACCAUCGUCACCCUGGUAGGCUGGGCGAUCUGGUGGAAGUUUGAGGAGUACCGCUAUGACCGCGACAUACAGCAGGCGGCCCGUGACCAAACGCCGUUGCAUCAAAAAGCAAAGGCCAUCGGAGAGGUAAAGUUGCCCUGGUCCAGGUGGGUGCAUACUGAGAAGGCUGGCCACAGUUGA